GUCUCUUAGCCGUUCUCUCGUAUCUCGUUUUUAUCGACGGAAUCAAAGACUUCGGAAGUUAUGGGUCGUAAAUUUUUCGUCGGCGGCAACUGGAAAUGCAAUGGAACAGGUGAGGAGGUGAAGAAGAUUGUUACCACAGUGAAUGAAGCUGAAGUCCCUUCAGAGGAUGUUGUUGAGGUUGUUGUGAGUCCUCCAUUUGUUUUUCUUUCUCUUGUGAAAAGUUUGCUGCGGUCUGAUUUCCAUGUUGCUGCUCAAAAUUGUUGGGUCCGCAAAGGUGGUGCUUUUACUGGAGAGGUUAGUGCUGAGAUGCUUGUUAAUUUGGGCAUUCCUUGGGUUAUUCUUGGUCACUCUGAGAGAAGGUCUCUCUUAAAUGAAUCAAAUGAGUUUGUUGGAGACAAAGUUGCAUAUGCACUUUCCCAAGGCUUGAAGGUGAUUGCUUGCAUUGGAGAGACUCUUGAACAGCGAGAAUCAGGCUCUACCAUGACAGUUGUUGCUGCACAGACCAAAGCAAUUGCUGAUAAAGUCUUAAAUUGGGCAAAUGUUGUUUUGGCUUAUGAACCUGUUUGGGCCAUUGGUACUGGAAAAGUUGCAACCCCGGCUCAGGCACAAGAAGUCCAUUGUGAAUUGAGAAAAUGGCUUCAUGAAAAUGUCAGUGCUGAAGUUGCUGCUUCAACAAGAAUCAUCUAUGGAGGUUCUGUAAAUGGUGUAAACUGCAAAGAAUUGGCUGCACAACCUGAUGUGGAUGGAUUUUUGGUCGGUGGAGCCUCCCUAAAGCCGGAGUUCAUUGACAUUAUCAAGUCAGCCACUGUGAAGAAGAAUGCUUGAAGUUCAGUGCUAGAAGCCAAAGCUGUUUGUUUAAUCUCGUAGUAGUUGUGUUCUUUUUAAGGAACAGGAUGAUAAUGAUUUCCGUGAGGAAUAAGCCGGAUUUUUGGUUUUCUGAACUUAAAAUGCGUUUUUGUUGUAGUCUAGAGAUCCUGGCUCGGAGCCUUUGGACAUGAUAUUUUGUGCUUCCCGGAGGGCUUAAUUUAAUAAACCAUCUAUUAACUAUUAAUUUUUUUUCA